CUCGGUCCGGGACUCGGUCUGGCGUCUCGUGCUGGUUGUACCGCGCACCGUCCACCAUCCGUGGUCCGCGCGUCGGGAGUGGUGGGGUCUCCGCUCUGGAGACUCCGGUGUGUCUGGGCUUCUGCCGACAAGCGGGUGGCCUCCCGUAACACAGACUCGCCCGUGGGUUGCCAGCGAGCCCUGCCCUUUCGUGACGUGUCAAAGUGAACAGCAAAAACCACCAAAAACACCAACAACAAGCGGUCUGCUGGUCUCGUUGUGGCAGUAACACAAAGCAAAGUCUAGAAUGACCGGACUUGGUGCCGCAUCAGUGGUGGCUAGCUCUUGAGCAACCGGUUUGUGGAAUACCGCGUCGGCAACAAGAACUGGAACCGGACCUAAACUUUUGUCAAUUUUCGUCAAACACGCUCCUCGCGAGCGAGUGAGUCAAUAAAAGGGACCGUAGCCCGUAGACCGGGGCGUACCUCAUACUCCGGACCGGACUUUUCGCCCCUCGAUGGGAGAAUAUGGCACACUGGCCUCGAACAGCGUCACCGGCAACAGCAGCAGCAGCAGCACCACCACCACCAGCAACCGCAACAGCACGUCCUCGCCCACGUCAAUUCUGAUGCCGAUGGCUAUGUCGGUGGCAGCAGCAGCAGCACCUUGCAGCACGGUUCCAGCGAUGUCGGUAACUGCCACAGUUAAGCCAACCUUGUCCUCUUCAUCCGCGCCCGGAGCGCCCCCAGCAUCGUCCUCCGUGUCUCCAGCGGCGGUUUCCGCCGGCAGCAACGUGUCGUGCGGCCACAUCCUAGCCUCGGCGUCCUCGUCGUCCGUCGAAUCUGACAGCUACCAUCACAGUUUCUACCACAGCAAGGCCAGUGGCGGCGGCUCCGGUGGACCGACUGGCGCCAGUGCUUUACCCACCGCCCAUCACAACGGAAAGGGGGGCGGCCGGUCAGUGGCGGCAGCAGCCAUGGUGGGACACGAUACACGCCCGUCGGUCGUCAGCAAUGGAUCCUCGGUGUCCGGUGGCAGCGGCAACGGUUCCACCGGCGGCACGGCCGGUGGCGGCGGCAGCAGCAGUACGCGCGUCAAGUGUAAGGACCCGAUACGCGUUGGUUUCUAUGAAAUCGAGAAAACGAUCGGCAAGGGCAACUUUGCCGUGGUUAAGCUGGCACGUCAUCGAAUUACGAAAAAUGAGGUUGCCAUUAAAAUUAUCGAUAAGUCUCAGCUCGAUCCGGGCAACUUGCAGAAGGUGUACCGCGAGGUCGAGAUUAUGAAACGCUUAGAUCACCCGCAUGUAAUAAAACUCUACCAGGUUAUGGAGACGCAGAGCAUGAUCUACAUAGUCUCGGAAUAUGCUAGUCAAGGAGAAAUUUUCGAUUAUAUUGCAAAGUACGGGCGACUUAACGAGCGUGCCGCUAGGAAUAAGUUUUGGCAGAUCCUUUCCGCCGUAGAAUAUUGUCACAAUAAGGGAAUAGUACACAGAGAUCUUAAGGCUGAGAAUUUACUGUUGGAUUCUAAGAUGGACAUCAAAAUAGCUGACUUUGGGUUUUCGAACUUCUACAAGAAGGGCGAACUGUUGGCCACCUGGUGCGGUUCCCCGCCGUACGCUGCGCCGGAAGUGUUCGAAGGGAAACGCUAUACCGGACCAGAGAUCGACAUUUGGUCGCUGGGUGUGGUGCUGUACGUGCUGGUCUGUGGAGCGCUUCCAUUCGAUGGUUCUACCCUGCAGUCGCUCCGGGACCGUGUGCUGUCGGGGCGUUUCAGGAUUCCAUUUUUCAUGAGCUCAGACUGCGAGUCACUCAUCCGGAAGAUGCUGGUGCUCGAUCCUUCGCGAAGGUUUUCGAUCGAUCAAAUCAAGCGGCACCGCUGGAUGAUGGUGGAGCUGAUGGAUUCCCCGAAGAUCAGCAGUAUCGUGAUCAAUGGGAACACGAGCGACGUCAGUGCGCUAGAGACGGAACCGAACGAACAAAUACUGAAGAUCAUGCAGAACUUGGGCAUCGACAUUCUCAAGACGCGGGAAAGCUUGAAGCUCCACAGCUACGAUCACUACACGGCAUUUUAUCUACUGCUACUGGAAAGACUGAAGAGCCGCUCGGUUUCGCACGACGGUGCCAGUGCCGGUUGUGUGGUUCCGGCUGCCGGUGUAAAAUCGCCCGGAAUGCUCGAAUCCCAACGCCGACGGCCCAGCAACGUUGCCGAGCAGGCGAUGCGGAAGUUGGCCAUCAGCUCGCAGCACAAAGCUGAUCAGUCAAGUUCACCGAAGCAUCAGCAAAUAUCGCCCGCUCUGCACGCGGGUCUGACCAACCAAAGUUCCGAGGCGUUGCACGGUCUGCUGACCGGUGGCUCAAGUGCACCGCCGGUCGCCCUGCCCACCAUCGCGCCCGGCGUGAUCAUGCUGCGGGAUACAAGCAUCCGGGAGCAGCAGCCGGUCCUCAAGGACAGCUCGUAUUUCCGGGGCGUUUCGUACACGUCCAGUUCGGGGUUCGCGGACGCUUCGCUCUACCAGCUGGCCGCGCUCCGUGAGCGGGACUGUAGCUCAACCUACCUGACCGGAACCGGCGGGACCGGGCUGCUACCCCCGACACUCUCCUCGAGUGUGGCCGGUGGUCGCGACACUGGCGCGAUCGUACUGCGCGAGUCGGGCAUCCUUUCGAACCGCAUCUCCUCGACGCGGCUCCUGUCGAGCAACAUUGACAAGCGCAUCCUGCAGCAAAGCACCGAAGACUGCCGACGGUUGCUGCAGCAGGCUCGCCCUGUGUCGAUGAGUGAGUCGAAUCGGUACGCGAAACCACCGAGCCACUCGCCAGUGAACAGCGAUCUCCACCAGCCGUCCCAAGGGGUGCAAUCGGUGGUGUCGUCGGCACCAACGCCACCACCACCACCGGCUCCCCCGCAGUCGCAGCGUUACUCAGACCCACUGAACGGGUUCAGCAAGGAGUACCUAUCAACCGCUGUAUCGGGCGCGCCAUCGAGCGAAACCCCAUCGAUCAGCGUGCCACCGUUCAAGGACUACAUCAACAACAUUCAAACCUACUCGUACCUUCAGCACUACGAGCCGGGGUUAUCGGUGACGAGCGUGGGCCACCCGGCACCUUCAGCCACGUCCAUCACGGCACAGUACAGCUCCAGCACCGACGAAGGCUGUGAGACGGAUCUGGGAGACGAGGACGUGCAGCACUCGAUCGACAAGUCCAUCCAGCGGCUCAACUCGUUCGCCAGCUCCAGCUCGUCCAGUGGCGUCGUGACCAACAUCCACCCGAAGAGCCUGAGCCAAAACCUGAGCUGCGAUUCGUCGCGCAGCAAUUUUUCGACCUUCGAAAGCCUGGAUCUCAACCUGUCGGACUGCGCGGAACUGGCCGGCAGUCUGCCGUCGUGCACGGCUACCACCGAGGCGUACGAGAGUGCCGCAAAAGAUGAAGCUACGUUUCGUGCGGUCACGAGCUCGGUGUGCAUCAACCAGCAGCAGUGUGUGUACGCCAUGUCGGACAAGGUGGCCAGCUCGUUUUUGAGGGCGAACACCGUCUACCAGGAUGUGCACAACGGUGACCAUCGCAGUAUUACUCGCUCGCCCGUGGAUUUUCGUGAAGGACGCCGUGCCAGCGAUGGUCUGGUGACGCAGGGGUUGAUAAAUGCGGCCGACAAUCCUCUCAACUCGCCGGUGGCCUUCAACAGCCAGCGCUUGAACGAGACGUGCAAAGCGAAGGGGGUGCUCGAGUUGCACCUGCUGCAGAAGGAGGCGGCCCAGCUGAAGGUGAAGUACCAGGCGAACGUGCCGCAGGACGAGAUCAAUGUGCGCCAGAUGCAGCACAGCCAGUUCCGGGUGAACCCGCUCGAGAGUCUCAUUCUCAAGCCGCUGUCGUCGCACGGUAGCGGCUGUCUGGAGCAGUCCAACGGCUCCGGCGGUGGUGGCUACUACAACAAGGUGGCCGACUACGUGGGCCUCCCGCUGGGCGUUAAGGCAGCGGCGGUGGCAGCAGCGGCAGCAGCAGCGGCCGCAUCAGCUGGCGGCGCCGAGGCAGGCAAGCUCGAUCCGGAGCAGCUACUGCUGCGGGCGGGCGUCGUGACCCGCUCGGAUCAGCUGGCGGCGGCUGCGGUUGCUGUUGCCGCUGCCCAGCAGCAACAGCAGCUACAGCAGAAACCUCCGCUACAGCAGCAGCUGAUGCAGCACCGGUUGCUGCAGCAGAAGCGGCAGAUCCUGCAGAAGCAGGGCGCCAUGGAGACCGGCCUGAGCCGCCGGCAAAUGCUGCGCCAGCACAGCUACAAGAUCGCACAGCAAACGCAAAUCCUGCCGCCGCUACCGUACGGCGAGACGGACGCGGACGGCUACCCGACCCUGCAGCCCGUCCGCGAAACGGCCAUCCUUGAAACGGAACCGUCGCCGGGCCAUUACAAUCACCUGCAUCAGGAUCCGCUCGAGCUGUACGCCCAGCUGCACACGCAUCAACAGUUGCACCAUCAUCAUCAUCAUCACCAUCAUCAUCAGCAGCAGCAACAGCAGCCCGGUGUGAGCACCUCUUCCGAUCGGACCCUCUGCUCGUGGAGCGCCCUGCCCAGCUCGAUGAAGACGUGCCAGAUCAGCGAGGGAGCGACUCCGUCGACCGACAGCCCCUGGAACGUGGCCGCACUCUACCACCAGAACCUGCAGCCCGGUCCCUCGCUGUAUCCGUCGCAGCACUGGAUACCGUCGCACUCGGCGUCGAUCCCUCACUCGAUGCAGCUCCCGCUGAGCGAGAGCCCCAUUCCGGAGCUGGCCGAGCAAAUGGAGUCUAUUUGAGAGGGGGAUGAGCACUUCGAGCCGGGUGUCGUGAUCCGGACGGAAGCCAGAGCCGAAUGAGUUAGUCCGUUGGGAACAAUCAGGGCGCGACCGAGCGAUCAUAUAGGUGCGUUAUAGAAGCAAAACCGUAGUUAAAAUGGCGGUAUAGCGAACGAAUGGUUUUGUACGUUACGUCUACGUUGCAGUUCCGCCACGGGGCACCGAAAACAUAGAGCAAUACGAUAACGGUUAUCUUGAUUCGUCCCGCAACGGCAGUGACAGUGCGGACCCGUGUGUCCGAGAGGUUGUUCGUGUAAAAGCUACAUUACGCGCACUCCGUACAACGAGCUAACUUUAUACUAAAGGUGGGGCCUAGUGUACUGAAGUAAGUCAAAGAGACUGGUCCAGGUCAAUUUAGGGGUAGCCUGUGUAAUGUGACUGUAUUUCCGUACGAUAACUUACGAACUCGCAACGUAACGUCAAUCACCGCCAGAAGGAGCCGACCGACCGAGGGGUAAGCCUCCGUUUCGCAACAUUACGAAUUACGCCAUUAAGUGUGUUGAAAGCCGCCGGAAGGAUCGUCUACCGGGGGAAAGGCACUUGGGAAUUUGUCGUAUGCAGCAGUGCCAUGUUUACUAGUCUCCACUACAGUUUUUUUCAAUGACGCAACACUAAUAUUGAUCGAGUAGAGAGUAUCGAGAGUAGAAGUAAAACCGAUAAACCGAAAUAGCACGGAAUUAAGUUAUUGAAGCAAAUCCGCGGCACGGCAAAAAGCAAUCAACGCUUGUGUUCAUCACCAACAAACAUCGGAGUCAAAUUAAAUAAUCCAAACAACUGUUACACGAUAAACGUGGGCGCUGGUGGCCGGCUAUAGGGAUUGGGCAACACUACAGAGUGCAACAGCAACGGUCACGCAUUCUUGCAGCUUGUUUUGCCACUUGUAGAAGUCACAGUUACGAUUGAACGAGUCGCAGACUUUUGGCUCUCAAUCUACACUAAAGUAGGACUGCGCGCGAGGGUCUCAUUGGUUUGCUUGUUAGCGGAGUGAAAAGUAUUGUACCUUA